UGCUCCUCCGCGGUCAGAGGAGGCUGCAGGAGGUGCUCCGUCCAGCUCCAGGAGGAGCGCUGUUUCAUGGGAGCUCGGUGGGGUUUUUGUGCUGUGGUGCGCGUGCGCGCGAGCUGAGAGCAGCUGUAGCCUGAACGGCAGCAGAGGUUUCCUGCGCGAGGAGGAGAGGCUGAUUCACGGCAGCAGGAGGAGGCUGGAGGGUCCAUCUCCACAGAGUCCUGCACCACCGGCCCCGUCCCCCCCCCUCCCUGCCCCCCCGUCACUGACAGCCCACCCGUCACGCGGGGGGAGGAUUUGGGGACCAGGGCCCCAGGGAAGGCGGGAGGCGGCCCCCCCGGUCCACUCGGCUGCACCGUGCGGGCCGAACCUGCUGAUGGUCCAAGGGAGGACCUGAAUCCCUCAGGGGGACACCUACUGGGACACUGUUGGACAGACAGAGACCCGGGCCGGACACGAGCACAUCCAGACCCAGGUGGUGUGUGGAGAAAAGCACAGCCCAGUGCUGGAUCCCAGUGGGACUGUUAGUGUGGUAAGGACCCUUGAGACGAAUAAGGGUGCAUGGAGGGUUCAAGGACUGUAAAACCGGGGCUGCCACCUGGCCUUUGGUUGGGCCUGUUCAUUGUGGCUGCAGCUUUCCUUUGCUCUGAGGCCCGGACUACUCCAAGCCCACUGCUCAUCUCCAACAAUGGCACUUGCAAGGGGACCUCAAAGUGUCAAGCAGGGAUCAUCCUUCCCAUCUGGUAUCCUGAGGAUCCUUCGAUGGGGGACAAAAUUGCUCGAGUCAUUGUUUAUUUUGUAGCUUUGAUCUACAUGUUUCUUGGUGUGUCCAUUAUUGCUGACCGCUUCAUGGCAGCCAUUGAGGUCAUUACCUCUCAGGAAAGAGAAAUUGUCAUCAAAAGGCCCAACGGGGAAACGACUACAACAACAAUUCGGGUAUGGAACGAAACAGUUUCCAACCUUACACUUAUGGCCUUGGGCUCAUCUGCCCCUGAGAUUCUGCUCUCUGUUAUUGAGGUCUGUGGACAUGAGUUUAAAUCUGGUGAACUUGGACCCUCUACAAUUGUUGGGAGUGCAGCCUUCAACAUGUUUGUCAUCAUUGGCAUUUGUGUGUCUGUAAUACCCCAAGGUGAAGUGCGCAAAGUCAAGCAUCUCAGAGUGUUCUUCAUCACUGCAGGGUGGAGUAUUUUUGCUUACAUCUGGCUUUACAUGAUUCUGGCUGUGUUUUCUCCCAAUGUGGUGCAAGUCUGGGAAGGCCUAGUCACACUAUCCUUCUUCCCCAUAUGUGUACUUCUGGCCUGGGUAGCAGACAGACGGCUACUCUUCUACAAGUUUAUGCACAAGAAGUACCGUACUGACAAACACAGGGGCAUCAUUAUUGAGACAGAGACAGAACGCUCCAAGGGUAUCGAGAUGGAUGGCAAGAUGGUCAACUCUCACUUCAUGGAUGGAGGCACUGCCAGCAAUCUGAUUGGUUUAAUUGAGAGCAAAGAAGUAGACGAGUCUCGUCGAGAUAUGAUUCGAAUCCUAAAAGACCUAAAGCAGAAGCACCCAGAGAAAGAGUUGGAUCAGCUGGUUGAGAUGGCCAACUACUACGCCCUCUCACACCAGCAAAAGAGUCGUGCCUUCUACCGUAUCCAGGCUACACGCAUGAUGACUGGCGCUGGAAAUAUUCUAAAGAAACACGUUGCGGAACAGGCUAAGAAGAGCGCCAGUGUGCAAGAGGUGCGUGUAGAUGAACCAGAAGAAUUUGUGUCUCGGAUUGCGUUUGAGCCUGCUGUUUAUCAGUGCCUGGAGAACUGUGGCGCUGUCAUUCUGACCAUUACCAGAAAGGGUGGUGACAUCAACAAGACAAUCUAUGUGGAUUACAAAACUGAAGACGGUUCGGCUAAUGCUGGAGCAGACUAUGAGUUCACAGAGGGCACAGUAGUGUUCAAACCAGGAGAGAUCAUCAAAGAAAUGAGCAUUGGCAUCAUAGAUGAUGACAUAUUUGAAGAGGACGAACACUUCUUUGUGCGUCUUAGUAAUCUGCGUGUCCUAGAGACUGAGGAUGAGGUACUGUCCCCUAAUAGUCUCCCAUACCCAAAGGCAAUGUUAGGAUUCCCCAUUGUGGCCACAGUAACUAUUCUAGAUGAUGAUCAUUCAGGCAUCUUCACUUUUGAGAGCAGUUCAGUCCAUGUGAGUGAGAGCAUCGGUAUUAUGGAGGUGAAAGUAUUGAGGACUUCUGGAGCCAGGGGGACUGUUAUUGUGCCUUACCGCACCGUGGAGGGCCUUGCCAAAGGAGGAGGGGAGGACUUUGAAGACACCUAUGGAGAACUUGAGUUCAAAAAUGAUGAGACCUGCAAAUUUAUUCAUGUGAAAGUUAUUGACGAUGAGGAGUAUGAAAAGAACAAGAACUUCUUCAUGGAGCUGGCGGAACCUCGGAUGGUAGACAUGAGUCUGCAGAAAGCCCUGUUGUUGGCUGACGAUGUACCAGACAGGAAGCUCACAUCAGACGAGGAGGAGGCCAAGCGAAUCGCAGAAAUGGGGAAACCGGUGCUGGGAGAGCAUCCGAGGCUCGAGGUCAUCAUCGAGGAGUCGUAUGAGUUCAAGAGCACCGUGGACAAGCUGAUCAAGAAGACCAACCUGGCGCUGGUGGUGGGAACAAACUCGUGGAGGGAGCAGUUCAUGGAGGCCGUCACAGUCAGUGCAGGAGAUGAGGAUGAGGACGACACAGGAGAGGAACGCCUUCCGUCCUGCUUCGACUACGUCAUGCACUUCCUCACCGUCUUCUGGAAGGUGCUGUUCGCCUGCGUUCCUCCCACGGACUACUUGAACGGCUGGGCCUGCUUCACCAUCUCCAUCAUCAUCAUCGGCUUGCUCACAGCCGUCAUCGGUGACCUGGCCUCUCACUUCGGCUGCACCAUCGGCCUCAAGGACUCGGUCACCGCUGUGGUGUUUGUCGCCCUCGGCACGUCGGUCCCAGACACCUUUGCCAGUAAGGUGGCGGCGGUCCAGGACACGUAUGCGGACGCCUCCAUUGGGAACGUGACUGGCAGCAACGCCGUCAACGUCUUCCUGGGAAUCGGCAUGGCCUGGUCGGUGGCGGCCAUUUAUUGGCAAAUGAAAGGGAAGCCAUUUGUGGUGGAGGCCGGCUCGCUGGCGUUCUCCGUCACUCUCUUCACCAUCUUCGCCUUCCUGGCUGUGUCGGUGCUGCUUUACCGCCGCCGCGCCCACAUUGGGGGAGAACUGGGGGGGCCCAGGCGGCACAGACUGGCCACAUCAGCCUUCCUUUUCAGCCUGUGGUUCCUUUACAUUCUCUUCUCCAGUCUGGAGGCCUACUGUCAUAUAGAAGGCUUUUAAACGGACCGGACUCACCGAAUAGAAACCCAGAACUUCAGCUGUAAGAGGGGCGUCUCGCUGUAGAGUUUGGACCAGUCUUGAAUGGUCAGAACAUACAGGAGAGGCCAACGUGGGGUUUUCUGAAACUCCUCCUCUCCCUCCCUCAUCCCCUCCUGUAAGAAUGCUUGGAGGUGUGUUCUGCAACCGGAUGCCAACGGGCGGCGCCGACAUCGACCCUGAGCUUGUCUGAGUGUGUUUACAGCUGGGAUCGGGUUCCUACCAAACGAUGCUGUCGCCCACAGGUGCUGCUGCACCCCCUGGACCAGAGGGACGUCUGACACCUGACGACAGCAGAGCCAAUCAGAGGUCUAUAUUUUUUCAACGUGAUGAGGAUGACUUUUUACACUGUAUUUUGGAGAUAAAAAUGCAAAAAAAAUAAAAUAAAUGCAACAAAAAGAAUCUCACACGAAGAAGAAUCAAAAGAACUAUUUUUGAUUUAAACACGUUAUAUCUCAAAUGGAAAUAUGUUGUUGAGUGCCAGUGGGAUGGAGUCAUAGUAUUUAUUUUUGUUAGCAUAAUUUCCUGCGGAGCACUGCAGAGUGGUCCGGACCCCCCACCCCCACCCCCCGGUGACAAGAAGGAGAUGUGGCGCUUCAUGAAGAACGUGGACAGCGUGGACCUGGUCGAACUGCCCUGAACAUUACUUCCUUACUCUAA